UCAAAGAGUCUCUGCACAAACAUAGCCGUCAAUCAGCCAUGGCCAUCACAUGGCUCACAUCUGUCUUUUCUGCAAAAUUUCCCCUCUUUCUCUCUCUCUCUCUCUCUCUGCCUUCUGAACUGACCCAUAAUGCAAUAACAACAAUAAUAAUAACCUUAUUCUUCUCUUGAUCCAAUGCUCAUUCUAAAGCAAUAGUUCUUCUUCUCUCUCCAAACAACUCAAAAAACAAGAAAUGAACCAGACUUCAACUUCUCAGAAAACCAUGAAACUGUUCUCUUCUGGUUUUUAAGGUUCUUCUUCUCUCUUGAUUGUACCUCUUUUUUCUGUUCAAAGAAGGAGACUUUUCAUCAGAAGAAGAUGACCCAGAUGGUUAAUCUAGCCAUUGGAGUGAUUUUAGUUGCAGUUUUAGUGGUUCUUCUUCUCGUUUUCUUGAACAGAAGAGGGAAAGGGAAGGAUAAUGAUGAAUACAAUGAUAUAGAGAGGAAACAAGAAAGGGAGAAAGGGGAAGAAGAAAGAGAAGAAUUGGUGAGGUUUCAAGGUGGACAAGAUCUUACUAUUGUGGAUAUCUUGGAAGCUCCUGGUGAAGUGAUUGGGAAAGCCAAUCAUGGAACUUUGUAUAAGGCUUAUUUGCAAGGAAGCAAUGCAGUAAGGUUACUGAGGUUUCUGAGGCCAGUUUGUACUGCUGGGCUUGAAGAUUUUGUCAGUGAAAUUGAGUUUUUGGGUUCUAUAAGACACCCAAAUUUGGUGCCUCUUUUGGGAUUCUAUUCAGGUCCAAGAGCUGAAAAGCUUCUCAUUCAUCCAUUUUAUAGAAGAGGAAAUCUAGCUCAGUUCAUUAGAGAUGGGAACGGUGACUCGCACCGAUGGGGAGUUAUAAACAAGAUCUCAGUUGGUAUUGCAAAAGGGUUGGAUCAUCUUCAUACUGGCUUGCAAAAGCCAACAAUCCAUGGGAAUCUUCAAUCAAAAAAUGUUCUUUUGGACAGGAAUUAUGAACCGUAUGUUUCAGAUUUCGGUCUACAUUUACUGUUGAAUUCCUCGUCUGCCCAAGAGGUAGUUGAAGCUUCAGCAGCCAAUGGCUACAAAGCUCCUGAGCUGAUCAAGAUGAAAGAUGCAACUGAGGAGACUGAUAUCUAUAGCUAUGGCGUGAUAUUACUCGAGUUACUUUCAGGGAAGGAACCGAUCAACGAAAAACCAACUGUUCCUGAUGAGGAUUUUUACUUGCCUAACUUUAUGAGAAAUGCUGUUCUUGGACAUAGAAUUGCAGAUUUGUUCCAUCCAGAAAUACUUCUAUAUAGCAACAUUGAUGGCAAUCAUGUUACUGAAGAAAAGAUUCUCAAAUUCUUUCAGCUCGCUAUGGCUUGUUGCUCUCCUUCUCCUGCUCUUAGACCAAGUAUGAAGCAAGUACUACGGAAGCUCAACGAAAUCGGAACGUAAUAUGGAUCUCGAGCAUGAUACACCUCAUAGGAGGAAGCUCCAAAACAAAUGGGUAUCAUUAUAAUUCUUGAGAACUAACUUCUCCAUGUCCAAUCCAACAUGAUUAAGAGGGUAUUGAUUCUACUGUACAUAUAUGGAAUACCAUUCGAGCAAAGAAGCUAAAGUUUUGGCAUUUAAAGGGCUAAAGAAGCUGUACAAGUUUGGUAUUUUUUAAGAAAUUUUUGUUAAAAGAUUCAUGAUUGAAGCCAGGUAGUGUUUUGCAAAAUAGGUUUCUGCAUUUUAGAACAAAGAUUCAAUAAAAACAUAUGUCAGAUAAUUAGUGUAUGGAAAAUUCUCUCUUCUGAUAUAGUUUUACAAGAAACAUGUUUUUGAUAAUAGUUUAAGUUAUUCUUUCUUCCAA